AUGGCUUCCAACAGCAUCUUUGACUCCUUCCCCAACUAUACACCAACCUUCAUACGAGACCCGAGCACUAGCCGCCGCUUCACUCCCCCCUCCACGGCCUUCCCCUGCGGCGGCGGCGGCGGCGGCGGCGGCAAGAUGGGCGAGAACAGCGGCGCGCUGAGCGCGCAGGCGGCCGCGGGCCCCGGCGGCCGCACCCGGCCCGAAGUGCGCUCGAUGGUGGACGUGCUGGCCGACCACGCGGGAGAGCUCGUGCGCACCGACAGCCCCAACUUCCUCUGCUCCGUGCUGCCCUCGCACUGGCGCUGCAACAAGACGCUGCCGGUCGCCUUCAAGGUGGUAGCCCUGGGGGAUGUGCCUGAUGGAACGGUGGUGACCGUGAUGGCCGGCAAUGAUGAGAACUACUCCGCCGAGCUGCGCAACGCUUCCGCAGUCAUGAAGAACCAAGUGGCCAGGUUCAACGACCUUCGAUUCGUGGGCCGCAGUGGGAGAGGGAAGAGUUUCACGCUCACAAUCACCGUGUUCACCAACCCUACCCAAGUGGCUACCUACCACCGAGCCAUCAAAGUCACUGUGGAUGGACCCCGGGAGCCCCGACGGCACCGGCAGAAGAUAGAAGACCAGACCAAGGCCUUCCCUGACCGCUUUGGAGACCUGCGCAUGCGUGUAACACCAAGCACACCCAGCCCCCGUGGCUCUCUCAGCACCACGAGUCACUUCAGCAGCCAGGCCCAGACCCCAAUCCAAGGCUCCUCAGACCUGAACCCCUUCUCCGACCCUCGCCAGUUUGACCGCUCCUUCCCUACGCUGCAGAGCCUCACAGAGAGCCGCUUCCCGGACCCCAGGAUGCACUACCCGGGAGCCAUGUCUGCCGCCUUCCCCUACAGCGCCACACCAUCGGGCACGAGCCUGGGCAGCCUGAGCGUGGCGGGCAUGCCGGCCAGCAGCCGCUUCCACCACACCUACCUCCCUCCGCCCUACCCCGGGGCCCCGCAGAGCCAGAGCGGGCCCUUUCAGGCCAACCCCGCGCCCUACCACCUCUUCUACGGCGCCUCCUCCGGCUCUUACCAGUUCUCCAUGGCAGCCGCGGGAGGUGGCGAGCGCUCGCCCACCCGCAUGCUGACCUCCUGCCCCAGCGGCGCUUCGGUGUCAGCAGGCAACCUCAUGAACCCCAGCCUGGGCCAGGCUGAUGGCGUGGAAGCCGACGGCAGCCACAGCAACUCGCCCACGGCCCUGAGCACACCGGGCCGCAUGGACGAGGCCGUGUGGCGGCCCUACUAAGACCCCUGGGGACUCUGGGGCCAGCCGAACCCUUCCCUCCAGCCCGAGGCUACAAGAAACAGAC